AUGUCCAAUUUGAUUCAGUUUCUUGCAUGCGCGGCUUGUAGUUCACGCAAAAGAUUAUCUGGGCUGAUAAUUUUGAUUAGGGUGGCGAAUCCACGGGAUAGCAGCGAGUAUGUUAGAUUUCCAGCAGACACUUCAACCUCCUCCGCCACCUCCGCCGCCGUUUUGAAUAAUAAUGCGUACUACCAAAUACAACAGCAAGAACAACCGGAUUAUCUAUUAUCAGCAGUGGCAGGAGGGGCGAUGUUUUCGGGCUAUAGUAAAUCGGUAGACACGUCGGCUAUGGUGACUGCUCUAACGCAUGUGGUAUCUGGGCAGAGGUACGGCGGAGAAAGGAGGUUUAUGCCUGAGCAACUGAGUGGUGGCGCUGUUGCUCCGCCUUUUGUGGCUGCUGGUGGUGGCUCUGGGAAUAUUCAAUCAGCCAAUUCGCCAACGUCUGCUUAUUCUUCUUCUAGCUCUGGCUCUUGGCCUGGCCAGAAGAGAAGACGUGAUCAAGAAGACAGUGUUAAGCAGUCACCGGAGCAAGUCCCGGCGGUUUAUCGGCGGUUCGGAGAGUCAUCUUCCUCUGUCAAAGCUGGGCUUGAGGCAGGGACGAGUUUUGCAAUGCCUUCCACCGUUCCCGCCGCGGCUGCGAAGUUUCCCACCACCACUGCCACCGUAGCACAACCACAAGCAGAAAUAACGAGCACUGCAAAUGAAGAAACAGGAGAGAGAACAAGAAAAUACAGAGGAGUUAGACAGAGGCCAUGGGGCAAAUGGGCAGCAGAAAUAAGGGAUCCGCAUAAAGCCACCAGAGUAUGGCUGGGCACAUUCGAAACGGCGGAGGCCGCCGCCAGAGCAUACGACGAAGCAGCCCUUCGGUUCAGAGGAAACAGAGCCAAACUAAAUUUCCCUGAAAAUGUCAGAAUCCCCGACCCACCGCAGUACCAUAUUUCCCAAGCCACUCAGUUGGCCAUUUCUUCUCCACCACCACCAACCGUCGCCACAUCUCCGAGGCUUACCACCCCAUUCUUCCAAACUCCGCCGUCCCAUAUCUCUAACACUAUCAGAGACUACUGGGAAUACUCACAGUUGCUUCAAAACAGCCAUAAUUUCCUCGGCCAACAUUCUGCAACGUUGUUACAACAAAUGUUUUAUGCUUCAUCUUUAUAUUCACAAUCAAUGUCCUCUUCUCCUUCUUCCCAAUCUUCCUCUUCAAAUCCACUGGUAUUUUCCAGUGGACAAACAAUUCAUUUUGGGCAGCAAGGAAAUCAAAUUCAAACGCAAGGAAGCAGUUCCAGUUUUUCAAUACCACCAUCGAAUACCAGUUCCAGUUACUAUCCUCCCUCCUCUUCUUCUUGA